AUGCUCCCCACAACGGACGCCGGCGGCGGGGUACCGCAAUCGGAUCGAGUGCCGUGGCUGCGGAUCUCGGAGACGAGCGCGCCCUGUCCCCCAGUUCCCUUCCCGCCAGUUCCAAGUGGAAGCGAAACAACAUGGGGGUGUAUGGAUUUAAAGAACUCCCAACAUCGAAAUGGUUGGUGCCGGUACCGGGGAGAGCUGUCAUCACCAUCGGAUACUACCGCUUGCAAGUUGCGCGAGAAAUCAAGCAAGGUACCGGUGUUCACGAAUUCGAUAACGCUGCCCUGCUGCUCACAAGGGAACCUAUCUCGGGCCAAGGCCAUCAGCAACGAUGAUAAGCGGGGUGGUCGUCUUAUCGAACAGGACGCCUUGAUUACAGUAUCUCGACAGGUCCGAACUCUGGAUGGCGGGUGCUUGGAUGUCAAAUGCCAGAUUUGUCCAAUCACCAGUCCCCGCUCGAUAUGUAGUCGAUCCUCCCAAAGCUGGGGGAGGUAUUUUGUGGGGCAAGGUGGGGAUCAAAUUGGCGGGCCCCACGCCAAGGCCCCCGCCUUGAGUUGCAAGUGGAAGUGUGAAACCUGA